GGAAGAGGACUCAUAUUCCAGUUGCAUGGUGGGGGGGUGGAUUUGCUCGCCUGUGUCGCAGUUUUUCGGUCAUGUUUCGGGGUGUUACGGGCAGACUGGUGACCGGAGCAGUCGGUGUUCCCCGUUAUGUGAGUAAGACGCCGGUGGCACGGAGGCUAACGGACCGAGUGAAGGACGCGGCGCCGUUUGACGCCUCCCUGCUUCAGCUGCUGGUGUGUCCGCUGUCCAAGAAGCCGCUGAGGUACGACGGCGAAACCAACGAGCUGAUCAACGAGGAGCUCGGCAUCGCGUAUCCCAUCGUCGGCGGCAUCCCCAACAUGAUCCCUCAGGAAGCACGACUCAUCCAGAAAGACGGCGACGCCUCGACGACUCCGACACAAGGAUAGAAAGUCCACGACAAACACAGCAAGAACGCCGC